UAGUUCAGUUUGGUUUUUAAUAUUUAUUCCUUCAUGCACUGUUUUCUUUUUCCUUUCUAGGACUACUCUGGUAUCCUGUUCCUUCACAUACAUAGGUUUUUUCUUGUGCCCUGUUUUAGCUUGUGGUGGGUUAAUCAGUUUUAUGUACUGCACUUGAAAUAUAUUGCAGAUAGAGAACAUGCUUCGGGAACACUUUUGCCUGGCAAAAGCAAAGGGGGAUGAGGCUCUUGAGAGAAAGGAUUAUCUUUUGGCAAAAUUUUGGUACAUAGAGGCAAUACUUGAUCAGCCCAGUCGCCAUUUUCUAGCUUUACUAUUCUCAAAGAAAAGCUUGUGUUGGAUCCACUUGGGAGAAGGACUAUUGGCAUUAAAAGAUGCUCAAUCUUGUGGCAAGCUAAUGCCUAACUGGCCAGAGGCACACUAUAGGGUGGGAAAGGCAUGGAUGUUAUUAGAAGAAUUUGACAAAGCUGAAAAAGCAUUUAGGGAGGCUUUGAACCUGGAUAAGGAUGACGAAGAACUUCAACUUGCACAUUGGUAGUAGUUUGUUUCUAAACUUUCAGUUUUUUCAAUUUGUUUAGCAUAAAUGGUGGACAUGAUUGUAAGCUUCUCUGGUUUGAUAUAAACUUCUUUUCUUUAGAUUUUAGCAGCUUACCUACCCUAUAACUCAAUAAUCUGGCAGCAUAGCAUAUCUCUUUUUCGAAACCCUAACAAACCUUCCCUGAGAGAAUGGCUGUUGCCAUUAAGCUAAAGUUUGAAUUGGUUUAGACAUAAACUGAGAUGCCAGAAUAACAUAUGAAUGUUUCUGUUAGUUUUUGGUUUUUAGGUCUGACUCCUUUACAUCUUGCAACUAUUGAGAAUUCUUUUCCUGUUGCUCGAUAUCUUGUUGAGAACGGUGCAA